AUGAAACCCAACAGUUCUUCCUGGCUCAGCAAGCCAUUCUUAACAUCGCUUCUGCUCGGUAUAGGGGGGUUUCUCUACGGAUAUGAUUCCGGAAUCAUCACCCCCAGCCUGGCGCUCAAAUCCUUCUUGACGUACUUUGGCAACCCUGACGCUCCUCUGCGGGGGGCCAUCGUCUCCGUCUACCAGGCCGGAGCAUGGCUCGGCAGCGCCUCGGUCGGCAUCACCAGCGACAGGCUCGGCCGUAGGAAGGCCAUUGCCUUUGGGUGCGUAUGGGGUGUGGUUGGCGGGGCCUUGAUGGCUGGCGCUGCCCAUGUCGCUAUGCGUGAGGAUCUCGACUGUCCGGGACGACCCCAAACUCACGAGCGAGCCCGGAUCACAGCCGUCAACCAGAUGAUGGUUGCUUGGGGCUUCUUCGUCGCCCUGUGGACCGGGGUGGGCGAGGGGAAGUGGCACAGCCCGAACCAGUGGCGCCUCGGCUUCGCGAUCCAGAGCCUCCCCGCCCUGCUCCUCGGCGUCGGCGUCCUCCUCGUCGGCGAGUCGCCGCGGUGGCUCUGCCUCAAGGGCCGCCACGAGGAGGCCGAGAGGGCGUUCCGCCGCUACCAUCACGACGGCUCCAACGACGACUGGUGCCGGGCCGAGUUCGCCGUCAUCCGGGCCAGCAUCGCCGAGGAGGAGGAGCUGCAGGCCCAAGGGCGGCGGCGGCUCUCGUGGGCCGACCUGUUCGCGACGCCGGCCUUCCGCAGGCGGCUCUUUGUCGGCUCCUUCGUGUGGGCCGCCGCCAUGCUCUCGGGCAUCUCGUUCGUGCAGUACUACCAGACGGCCAUCUACGCCACGCUGCAGUUCGGCCAGGACCGGCAGCUCCUCGUCAGCGGCCUGUACGGCUCCGUCGGCCCCGUGGCCUGCUUCCUGUCCCUGUUCUUCGUCGACCGCGUCGGCCGCAGGACGAUCCUCGUCGCCAGCUCGUCGCUCCUGGCCGUCUGCUACCUGACCAUCACGGUCCUGGCCGCCGUGUAUCCGGCGAAGCCGGGGCUUCCCACGAACGAGGCGGCCCAGCGCGGUCUGAUCGCCUGCAUCUUCGCCGUCUCGGCCACCUACUCCGCCCUCCUGGGCCCCAUGACCUGGAUCAUACCACCAGAAGUCUUCACCACCGAACUGCGGGCCAAAGCAAACGCCAUCGUCCAGGUCAUCCAUUACUCCAUCAGCCUGGUCAUAACGCAAUGCUCCCCCAUUGCGCUUGAUGCCGUCGGCUGGAAGUACUACGUAGGCAGCAGAUCCGGUAAAUCGUUGGAAGAAAUCGAUGAGCUGUUCGGGGACGUCAGGAUCGUCCACGACGUCGAUGUGGCUGAAAAGGCCGGCUUUCAGGAAGUAGAAGCGCGACAGAGGCAAUGA